AUGGCCAUCCCGUCCUUUCUGCAAAUGUCAGCCUCUGCACUGAAGACGUUGGACACCAUUUCCCAACCACAAUCACGAAUCGUCAACGUCGUUGGAGGAGAUCCUGACGCGAUCCGCAAAAUUUUGAAAUGGACAGUCGAUUGCUGCAAGGGCCAGGGACGUGUACACUUUCCUUUUGCAGAGAAAGAGAGCCGAUACACAUUAACAUAUCUCGACCGCCAAGCUGCGCUCGUUCUCAGUAUUCCUUGGGUUGUUGAUGAAGCAGAUACGCACCUGCGGAAUCUCGAGGCGAAUUUCAUCCACCCGCACGAUGUGCGAGCAAUCGUCCCGAGACUCGAGUGGCCUGAUGAGGUGUACCAACGACUAGCGAAGCACAUUGCCGAUAAGACAUGGCAAGACAUGCAGAAGCGACAAUUGCAGAAACGAAAGAAGAAUGUCGACGCGGAACUUCUAGCAAGAGAACGUCUACCUUCAGAUGGAUUUGUGCCUGUUCGCAAGGAGUUCCCAAUUACCCUAGGCGCGGAGGUUGACAAGAUUAUUGAAGCACGACUUAGGCAAGGUCGUACUGGGCAACAGCCACGGAUCCCACAACACGGACAAUCUUCGAAGACUACUUCGGCAGCUGAUCCAUCAACACUGAAGUCAUCAUCCAGGCACAGCAUUGGCGUAGUCAUUGAGAGCAAGCGACCUCUUAGCAUCAGCGAAAUGGACCAUGCGACUACAUCCCGAUCUCAGCCUAACGCACGGAAGUCCAAGACAUCCGAGACAAACAACAAAACUUCAGGCACUACAACUACCCCAACCAAGCUCAAUGACAAUGCAGCAAAUUGGGCAGAUGAAGUGAUAGCAGACGCCACAGACAAGGACGAUAAACACGAAGUCAACAACGCUGAAUCGAAGCAUACGGAAAGUGGUCAGAACAACCAAGGUUACGGUCCUCCAAAGAUGGCAGCGAAAAAGAAGAGACCUCAGCACCCAGAAGCUGGUGAUGGAAGACCAUACAACCCGACAUCACGACUUGGCAAGUUAAAAGGUAACCCGUUCGCACCACUGCACAAGUCUUGGACGGGCCCGUGA